CGCAGCCGCGAUGGCGGUAUGCGCGCCUACACGCGGAAAAUUCAAAUUACGAACGCGUUCUAGUCAAUUUUUUUUUAAGACUGAUGGACUAUGACUGCUAACUAUACAGCUUAUUACAAAUAUAGAUUAAAAAUAUUAGGCUAAGGUUGUACUUAAGACAUGCGACUGCUUUUUUGACUGACCGUUGACAGUGACAGUGAAUGUGACUGUGACUUUAUGUGACCCGACUUUGACUAUGGAUUGACUGACUGGAUUAAACGGUGUUCCUGAUUCCAACUUUAAGUAUCGAGAAUGGAGAUAACCUGGAGAGUCGCACGGAAGACGGGCAGCUGCCGGCCGCCAGCGCGCUGCGACAGUCCCCUCUGCUGGAGCAGUGCCCCCUCAGGGGUCCGCCCAAAUGCCCACCGGCUUCCAAACGGUACCGCACCCACGAUGGCACCUGCAACAACCUGAGCCGCCCGCGCUGGGGUGCCACCAUGACCCCCGUCCAGCGCUUCCUACAACCAGUCUACUCCGACGGCAUCCAAGCCCCCAGGCGCUCCAUAUUCGGCCCAAAACUACCCUCCGCUAGAGAAAUAAGCGCUCUCGUCCAUGAGGACAAGAACGCGGAGAGCACUGGGAUCACCCACCUGUUGAUGCAGUGGGGCCAGUUCUUGGACCAUGAUCUCACGGCGACUUCACAGUCGAGAAGUUUUAAUGGAUCAGUGCCGAGGUGCUGCAAAGAUGGUGGAAGGGAUUUUAUUUCCAAAGAACUUAUGCACCCAGAAUGUAUGCCAAUAGCAGUUCCACCAUCAGACCCGUUCUACGGCCCCCGCGGGGUCCGCUGCCUCGACUUCGUGCGAUCCUCUCCAGCUCCUCGCGACGACUGCGCGCUGGGCUGGCGCGAGCAGUUCAACCAAGUGUCUGCGUACAUCGAUGGCUCUCCGCUAUACGCCAGUUCCGCGCGACAGUCGGAUAAGCUCAGGCUGUUUAGAAAUGGCAUGCUCCAGUACGGUCGGGUCCAACAGCGUCGUCCCCUGCUGCCGACCGACCGCGACGAGCUGUGUCGCGGCGGCGCCGUCUCCACGGACUGCUUCAAGUCCGGUGACGCGAGAGUCAACGAGCACCCCGGCCUCGUCGCCGCGCAUAUCGUGUGGCUCAGGCAACAUAACAGAAUGGCUCAAGAGCUGGCGCACCUGAAUCCACACUGGAGUGACGAGAAGAUCUACCAAGAGACGCGGAAGAUUGUCGGUGCCAUGAUACAACACAUCACUUACAGAGAGUUUCUGCCCAUUGUUUUAGGUUCAGAAGUAAUGCGGUUGUUCGAGCUGGAUCUUCAGCAGAAGGGCUUCUACCGCGGUUACAGUCCAAAGAUCAACGCAAGUCCUGCCAGUGCCUUUGGUUCCGCCGCCUUCCGCUUCGGACACAGCCUCGUACAACCUUCUUUGAUGCGAUUUGAUAGGUUCCAUCGUCCCAUCGCAAACAACGUUUCUCUCCACAACGAACUAACCAAUCCGUCAAACAUCUGGAGCAUGGGUGCCGUAGACCGCUUACUACUAGGCAUGGUCAACCAGCCCAUACAGAAACGUGACGAGUUCAUCACCGAGGAACUCACCAACCAUCUCUUCCAAACCCCUCACUUCAGCUUCGGGAUGGACUUGGCUGCCAUCAAUAUACAGAGGGGGAGGGACCAUGGGGUUCCUCCGUAUACGACGUGGAGGGAACCUUGCGGACUCACGUCCAUUACCAGCUUCGAUGAUCUGUUCAGGGUGAUGCCGGCAAGGGCAGUGAGGAAACUGAAGGUUUUAUACAAACAUGUGGACGAUAUAGAUCUAUUUACCGGAGGCAUGGCUGAGCGCCCGGUCGUUGGAGGUUUAGUGGGACCAACAUUCGCAUGUAUCAUAGCACAACAAUUCACCAACCUUAGGAAAGGAGAUCGUUUUUGGUACGAAAAUGGAGGGUUCGAAUCUUCUUUGACACCAGCACAAUUACAACAAAUACGCAGAAUAUCUUUAGCUCAAGUGCUCUGUCGCACUUUAGACAGCAUUGACAACAUACAACCGUUCGUUUUCCUAUCACCAGAUAACCAAGAUAAUGACCGAAUCUCCUGCCGCAAUGGACACCUAAAUAACUUCGACUUAUCUCCUUGGGUUGAAAUAAAUUCAGAUUCGAACAAUGCCAUAAGGAAAUCAGGAGAAGAUGACUCUACUACAAGAAAACCAGCCAAGCCUAAACCCAUUACAAAUAAACCGAAAACAACUAAAAAACCACAGAAAGGUUCUAAAGGACCCGAUCAAAAUAAACCAAAUGCAGCACUUCUAAAUAAACCGCAAAAACAAAACAACAGACUGAACCGGACUGAAACAGACAGUAACAAGACCACAACUGACAAUACUAAACCUGUUCCUAUAGUACAAGUUAUAGAUGAUAAACUAGACUUUAAAAUAAAGACAAGACGUUACAGCGACUCUGAUCCUGACACUAGACAGUAUAACAACGACUAUUAUGACGAUGUACAAAGCGUUCAAUCCGUAGUAAUAAAUAACUCGCCACAUAAAAGACCUAACAGUAGACCAUACAUAUCUGUGACUGAAAACAUUGACAAAUACACGUAUCUAAUAAAUUACGUACCAAGACCUACUCAGUCUUGGCGACAGACUACAAGACGACAUAAUCAUGACAGAGACAAGAAUGAUAGAGACGUAGUUAAAGUUACAUACCAAAGUUACGAUGAUACAUACAGAAGACCUAACAGACCUUACUAUAAUAAUAGACACAACUUAGAUAAUAAAUUUGAAUCUAGAAUAAACGCACCAGUGACUGAAAACUCUCGAUCAUCAGCUAGAUCUAAUGAUGACUAUACGUCGACAUCAAAUGACAAACUUUCUACAGAAAUGUUUAUAAUGACAAACAGACCUAAACCUCUUACAGACAAAACUACAGACAAAGUGGACCCAACAACUGAAAAUGUUUACAAACUGCUAACUUUUGGAUACGUAGGCACUUAUAGAGGAGGCAUUACUAAUAAUGGUAAGAUCACUACUGAAAAAGCUAAACCAGACUCUAUUAGUAAAGACUUUUCGACCGUUGAAACUGUAAAAUCUGACGACACAACAAAUGACCUAAAUCACAGCAAACUAUCAACUUUCUUGCUAUAUGAGACAGCUACAAAACCUUACAAUUCACAAAGACCAACUAGACGCAAUGAUGAAGACGAUUUGACUUCAGACGUUAAAGAUAAAUACUAUUACAUUCAUAACGUUUUGCGUAAAUAUAAUUCGACAGACCUUAAAAUUAAAAACGCUCAAAAGAAAAAUGAACUGAAAAAAUCUAAUGAAUCGCCAACUAGUAAUAGUAACUUGGAUAUCCAAGAAAGAUCUGGAAACGAUCAGAUAGAAAGUACAGAAGAAAUCAAAGCAGUGCGAAGAGACAAACCGAGACUGACAAUUAGGAAACCUUCCAGCUCCGCAAAAACUCCCUCAGUGGCGUUUCAGAUUAUACCAAGUGAAAACAGUCCAUCCCGCUGGGCAGUUUACAAGGAGAAAGACGACCUCCCAGAGAGCCUGCCCCAGCGCAUGCCGGCCAUCGAGCUCGACCCCUACGCGCUGAGGGAAGUCCCCCGCCCCAUGGACUUUCACUCCCUGAGACGGAGGCCUGGACGACGUCGCACUUAACAUUAAAAAAAAAAAAACUUAAAAAAAUAACUAUUAUUUAAGGCUGUAACAACACACGACGGAAACUGCACGAUGUGACGUCACACAGAUCGCGCGCGUACGCGUGUACAAGUCGUAACACAAGGCACUGAGAUGCACGUUGAGCACCUUACAAUUAUUGGCGUCACGAAAACCAAACUAAAGUUUAGAUUUUGUCACCCUUCUUCUUCCUCUGGGAUUUUAGGAUUACAUCGAAUGUGGUGUACUGAGACUAAAGUAAGGUUAAAUUAGAUUUUAGAACAUAGAUAUUCAUGUGCCCGGCCGCAGUCGUUUAACAUCUCCCGGGCGUUAGCCAUAUCACUAAGAGAGUUGGCUAACUAACGGCUUAUGCCAUUUCGCUCCGACAUGUACCUACUUACUACGCAUCUUAUUCUAAAGAGUUCCGUUAUUGCAGAAAGGCGUCACCAAAGUUGAAAGUGAGCGCGCAGAAGACUAAUCGCUUGAAGCGCCCAACCAUGGGCGUUCGUUUUGCGUAUUUUCUACUUUGGUGGCGCAACUUAUUUUAAUUUUAAGCCAUAGAAAUGUUUUUUUCGUGACGAAAAUAUU